GUGUGAUAGUUAUGCUUACAGCGAUGCUAACUGGACGUCUAUUCGAACAAUUAUGCGGACACAAACGUAUUUCAAGUAGAGGUGUCGAACACUACACAACACGGCAACAAUGAGUACUGCCAACGCAAAGGUUGACAGCGUUCAAAGCUGCGAACAGCUUCAGAACAUCUUGAUUCGUCUGCCGGUCGUUACAGACGUGAUUCUCGCCUUUCUGCCCGCGAGAGCUCUCAACACCGCUGCGCAAGUUUGCACGGCGUGGGCGGACAGCGCUCGUCGCGUGAGGAGACGCCGGCGCCACCACGCGUCUUUUUUCCUCGGUCAAGUGCGCACGGAAUCUGUGUCGUCGGAUCUUCACGCGGCGUUCGCCGACUUUCGUUACGACUUUCUGGACUCGCUGUCCUGCGAACCGAAGCACGUGCUCGUGUUUAGCACGCCUGAUCUGAUCGAGGGAAAGGGUGCGUUGUACCCACCCCUUCGACCCGGCGCUGACGGUCGAACGCACGCUAGGCGGAAAAGGGAGUGUUUUGUGAAUUACGUUGACAGGCUACUGCCACGCAGCACCAGAGUGCUGGGCAUUGCUGCGAGCGGCAUCAUCGGCACAGAUCAUCGAGAUCUCAAGACUUUUGAAUUCGAAGAAGACAGUGCCUUCUCGUGCCUGUGUUUACCGACUAUUCCAGGCCUUCAGGUGCAUUAUCUACACUUGCACUCGGACGUAGAGACAAUGUUCUCGCGUAGACCCUCGUGGCUCACCUCGGACCCCGACAUCAAGUGCCUCCUCGUGUUCCACGACAGCGACGAGGAAGAGGACAUCAACAUCAUCUCGAAGAGCAUGCGCGGCGACCUCUGGUGGCGGCUCGGCGGAAACGUCGUCGUGGCGGGCGGGCACGUAGACUGCCUCCACGCCCCGCGCGGCGAUCCCGCCUCCGCCGCCGCCAGGGAGGAGGAGGACAGGCAGUGUAACUUGAUGGUGGUGGGGAUCUCCGGCGCGAACGUACACGCGGCCAGCGUCGUUGUCCCCGCGAGCGCGCAGACCCCCGCCGCGGCCGAGGCGGCUGUCGCGAGGCUGAAGCGGGCGGCCGUUGUUCCCGACGCGCGUUGUUCGUUUGCGUUCAUGUUCGCGUGUGUUGGCCGCGGUUCCUACAUGUUCCGCGAUCGCGACGUCGAGUCUGCCGCCUUCCGGAAGCACUUUCCGAACGUUCCGCUGGUUGGGUUCUUCGGCAAUGGCGAGAUUGGACACGAGCAUCUCGGUGUGAGCGGUGACGGAGACGCGCCUCGGCUGCCGAGGUUGGACCACACGUAUUCGACCAUCUUUGUGCUGGUGUCGGUCGAAAACCAAUGAAGCUGGUUGUGUAAUAGAAGGGAGUCCAUAAUAGAAAAUUCUAUCUUUCAUUUUUAGAUUGCCAUGGGGUGUCGUUCGUCGUACGUCCGUCAACA